CAAUUUGGUUACAUUAUUGAUUGUAUUGAUAUUAAUAAGCAACCGGCCUUUGAUCAUCCAUUGCUAAUGAAUCAUAAGUUGCAGAAAAAACCCAGCUUUUUAAAUAGAAGAAAGAAUUCAUCAAAUUCUCUUGGAUUUCACAUAGACCAAUGUCCAAUAGGAACGAUUCCUAUUAGGAGAACAACAUCAGAUGAUUUAUUUCGAGGAAAAUUAUAUUUAGACAAUAUUUUAUCUAAAGAGAUUCCCGGUAAACAUGUUGCAGAAGUAACUCUUGUACCUGGAACUUAUUAUGGAGUUGGUGCCACAAGUAGUGUUUACAGUAUAAAAGUAGAAAAAGGUCAAUCAAGUGCAGCGGUGAUAUGGGUUAAAGGUGGAUCUUCAGACAACACAAAUUAUAUUGGUGUUGGAUGGCAUGUGGCUCCCGAAUUAUACAACGAUGAUGGAACUCAUUUCUAUGUAGUAUGGACGGCAGAUAAUUUUAAAAAGACCGGAUGUUACAAUUUACAAUGUCCGGGUUUUGUUCAAACUAGCAGUGAUUCACAACUUGGUGGACGAUUUGAUAAAACAUCUACCCAAAAUGGAGAGAUGAUCCAAAUUGAAAUAUCUAUUUAUCAGGAUCCUAAAACAAAAAAUUGGUGGAUAUACAACACAAAUAAGAUGUUGGGAUAUUUUCCAUCAUCUAUAGUCCCCAAUUUGGCCUCUGCUGUUGAAGUAGGGUGGACUGGUCAGACAAGAGCUCCUGUGAAUGCUCGUAGUCCUCCAAUGGGUUCUGGAUCAUAUCCUGAUAGAAAUAUUGUUCAUGCAAGUUAUUUUACACAUAUUUCAUAUCAAGAUGGAUCUAGAACGAACCAAGAACCUAGCAAGGAAUCGACAAGAAUAUUCUCCGAUGCACCUAAUUGCUAUCGUGCUGAAUACUAUGGAGAUGAAGGGAGUGAAUAUGGACAUGUUAUCCAAUUUGGAGGACCUGGGGGCGAUUGUGGUAAUUAAUUAUGUUACUAUAAUAUAUUAUGUUUUUAAAACUUAAAUAUAAAUAAAAUUGAAUGUUAGAGGUUGAACUAGAACCAACAAUUUAUAUCCAUAUAGGUUAAACUAGUUAUACUACC